GUUGGAAAGGGCAAAACGAAAUCAAAUUAUUAUGUCUUUUUCGUAAUUUUUCAGCAAAAAUGUCAGAAAAUGCUAUCGUCAUAAGACCUUUUAAGAUCAUUGGUGAGGCCUUUACUGGAAUAGCUGGAGUUUUCCUCAUCAUAGCAGCAGUUGGCAAGGAUUGGGUUGAAGUCCAGUUUUUCCGCACCUCUCACAUUAUCACCUGGGGAUUAUGGGAUAUCUGUGUCGGUGGACUUUGCUUGCCGGACAGCGGCUGGCUGGAGGUUUGUCAGGCCUUGUCCUUGGUUUCCCUCCUUCUGUGCCUGGGGGCCUUUAUCUGUGGAUUUGUGGGCCUCUGUAUCCAUUCUCAUUGCAGCAAGAGGUUGUGGUUUGUCUUGGCAGGGGCAGUUAUGUCCCUUGUAGCUCUUCUGGAUCUGCUAACGUUAAUCAUCUAUCCAAUCAUGUUUAACUCGGACAUUAUCAACCUACAAACAGACAGACACUGGCGUUAUACACUGAAGACCUGGAACUUUGAUUGGACGUACGGCUUUGGAUGGGGUGCUUUUAUAUUCACCACUGCCGCUUCUGUGUUCUUUAUUCUUCCUUUGGACGACAAGAAGAUUGUCACAAAACCAUUCUGAGAGGAAUCCAGGAGUCCAAGGCAUGUUAAUCAUAUUAUGGCUGGAACUAUUACUGGGGACUUAUAAAAGAAAGAAUUUGUUUGGGUAUUUAAUCUGUAGAAUAUUUCAUACAAGAUUGCACAACAGUAUUAAAUUUUACUGUAUAAUCUUACUAAAGAUGUACAACUACUAGUAGGCAGUAAUAGAUCAAAAACUCGUGAUCAGAUAUUGUAAAGCAAUUCUCUAUAUUUAUUCAUUCACUGCAUAUAUGAUGUCAUGAUUUAUAGGAAGAACAACUGCUUGCAAGACAAAAACAGUUGCAAAGACAAUAUGAUGCAUUUAGUGCAAUUGUGUAUGAUAUAGUAUAUAAAAUUAAUAUUUACUUGUACCAAUAAAACCCUGAUAUAGAUUAAUCAGGCUGUAUACAGAUUUUUUUAAAUGCCUGUAUAGCAUAAAAGUAGGAAGCCAAAGGUUGAAUGUAUUUUUGAUUUUUAACUUUUUUAAUUUAUUGUGACAUAUUCAGAUUUAUUACCUACUAAUGAUUGACUUUCUUCAAUGUCAAUAUCUGGUAUGACAUAAUUGUUCAAGAUUUAACUUUCAAUUUGCCACAGUGUUUUAGAAGUUGUACAAAUAAUGUGCCAUCUAUUGAUCAGUCAUGUAGAUUAAUUCACAGUGUCCUCAGUUUUAAUUUCACUUCCCCAAUUUGAAAGCUACAAUUUUUCUAACAAUAAAUAUAAUAAUCUAGUUCUUUUAAAGUUACUUUCUGUUCCCAAGAUUGGUUGUCAUUUUUUCAGAUUAUUGCUUUUAUAUUUUUAUUUUCAUGUACAUGUAUUAUGAUUUAUCUUUUAUUAUGUCGCUAAUGGUGCUAUCUCAAGUUUAUUUAUGCUAGCUGGUUUAUUUUGUUCAUACUUCAAUGCAUUCCAAUACUACAUAUACUUAAUUAAGAAUAAAUUAUCAGCCUUUACUUGGUUGAAACAUUUUCAAAAUAGAAUUUACAGAAUCAUCACAAAUAAAUAAUAGAUUUACUUUGAAUGCAUUAAUUCACAGACAUUGUCUGGUAUUUAGAUGUACAGUGAAGACAGUAUUUAUAUCUGUUUUAUUUGAUUACAAGGGGAGACGUGAACUUUCUUUGGUAAAAUGUGAACAAAGCAUGUUGAACAUUCACAUGAAGAUACAUACAAGUCAUAGCAAUGAUGUUCUUUUUUUCAUUUAACAGAUUUACAUAAGUAAUGAUUUACAACAAUAUUUGUUUUUUUAUUGAUAUUAGAUGGUUGUGUAUAGUGUAGACUGUUACAUGUAUAAUGAUACCUAUUGAUUUUCCCCCAUUUUGGAUAGCUUUAAUCAGAAAGUUCAUCAUAAAAUUAAUAAUGGGACAAAUCCUUUAUUUGUUGAGAAGAUCUACCUCAGUCAUUGAUGCUGUUUAUACUGUAUUGUUGUUUGUUUACUUACAAGUGAAGGAUGUUGGAUUUUACUGUAGUAUAUUGUGUUGUAAAUCCAUACGUUCUCUAACCAUAACUUACAGCCUAAGCUCUUUUAGGAUUUUUGUUAUUAAAAAAAAAAGAAAAGAAUACCAAA